GAAGUUGUGUAAGAAAAACUAGAGACUUCAAGACACCAGUGAGGAGUCACCAGGCUGAACUUCUGGAUCCACCUCAGUGUGUAACCUAGCUGACUGACAAGUUGGUGGCUAGCUGAUCCAUUUUCCUAUUGUGAAGAUGUCUCUUUGGCCCUGGCUUCUUCUCCUGGGUCUGCCUGGUCUGUCUCCCGCACAGCGCUGGGAGCCCAUGUUCUCUGGCGUCACGAAGACAGUGUUGCCCCCGGAUUAUGAGAAUAACCCCACUCAGCUGAAUUAUGGGCUGGCUGUGACUGACGUGGAUGCGGAUGGAAACCUGGAGGUGGUGGUGGCAGGGUACAAUGGCCCGAAUCUGGUUUUGAAGUAUGACCAAAGCAAGAAGGUGCUCUAUAACAUCGCUGUGGAUGACCGGAAUUCCCCUUACUAUGCCCUGCGGGAUCGGCAAGGCAACGCCAUCGGCGUGACAGCCUGCGACAUCGAUGGCGACGGCAGGGAGGAGAUCUACUUUCUCAACACCAACAAUGCCUUCUCAGGUUUGGCGACAUACUCUGACAAGCUUUUCAAGUUCCGCAAUGGUCGCUUUGAGGAUCUCCUGAGUGAUGACAUCAAUGUCCAGAGAGAUGUUGCCAAUCGCAUGGCGGGGAGAUCUGUGGCCUGUUUGGACAGAAAGGGGACUGGACGAUACUCCAUCUACAUUGCUAACUAUGCCAGCGGCAAUGUGGGUCCUCACGCCCUCAUUGAGAUGGAUGAGGCUGCCAGCGAUGUGUCCAAAGGGAUCAUCGCCCUGUCCAAUGUAGCCAGCCAGGCUGGAGUCAACAAAUUCACAGGGGGGCGUGGUGUAGUGGUGGGACCGAUUGUCAGUCAGACCCUGUCAGACAUCUUUUGUGACAAUGAGUACGGGUCCAACUUCCUGUUCAGGAACAAUGGAGAUGGCACCUUCACCGAUAUAGCAGCACAGGCAGGGCUUGAGGACCACUUACAGCACGGCCGGGGGGUGGCUUUGGCUGACUUCAACCGGGACGGAAAGACAGACAUCGUGUAUGGCAACUGGAAUGGGCCGCACCGUCUCUUCCUGCAGACCAGUGCCAAUCGCAAGCAGAGAUUCAAGGACAUUGCCACUCAGAAGUUCGCCAUGCCCUCUCCUGUUCGCACUGUUAUUGCUGCAGAUUUCGACAACGACGGGGAGCUGGAGGUCUUCUUCAACAAUAUUGCUUACCGGGGGCCCUCUGCCAACAGAGUCUUCAGGGUGUCUCGAAGGGAGCACGCAGACCCCCUGAUUGAGGAGCUCAAUGUAGGGGAAGCAGCUGAGCCAGAUGGACGUGGGACAGGGGCAACGGUGACAGAUUUUGACGGGGAUGGGCGGCUGGAUCUGCUGAUUUCCCACGGAGAGAGUGCGGCCCAGCCCCUCUCUGUCUUCAAAGUCAAUCCGGGCUCAGCCAAUAACUGGCUGCGUGUGAUACCUCGCACCCGUUUCGGCGCCUUCGCCCGUGGAGCCAAGGUGGUGGCGUACACCAAGAGGGGCGGCCCCCACACACGCAUCAUCGACGGGGGCUCGGGGUAUCUGUGUGAGAUGGAGCCUGUUGCUCACUUCGGACUAGGAAAGGACGUGGUGACCAGUGUGGAGGUAUAUUGGCCAGAUGGUCGCUCAAUUGCACGCCCCCUACAGACCAGUGACAUGAAAUCUGUUUUGGAGAUCCCUUAUCCACAGGAUGAAGUGGAAGGAACACAGCCCACAGAGGUGGAGUGCGGAAAUGGAUUUACUGCCAAUGAAAAUGGACGCUGUAUAGACGUAGAUGAAUGCACCCAAUUCCCUUCUGUGUGUACCCGUGAUCGGCCCGUCUGUGUCAACACCUACGGAGGCUACAAGUGUCGCUCCAACAAGCGGUGCAGCCAGGGGUACGAGCCCAGUGAGGAUGGGACAGCCUGUGUGGCUCAGAUUGCUUACUUUGGGGGGAAUCGCUCAUCAUCCUCCAGGCUCUCUGCUCGUCUCUCCCAGCUCUCUCUCCCUCUGUUGGGCUUCACUGUGUGGCUCCAGGCCUGAGCACCACAGUCUUUCUGAUCCCAGGACCCCCAGAGCUGCUCCUUCUGGCCACUAGAGAAUCUGCUCCUAGACGAACACUUCAUGGCAGGACAGCUCCAGUGGUCGAGAAGUUCCCCAAGGACCAGGUUCCAUACAGUUCCCCUGUCAGCCUUCCUGGAGCCUUUAUAUUAAACUGAGCAUGCCCGCUGUGUGCAAGGAAUCUGUUUCUGGGACUGUUGUAUUGUUUCCCACAACUGUCUCCCCAUGUCAACUAGAUCUGCUGGCCUCCUCACCUCAGCCAAUGUGUGAUGCAUGACCUGUGCAUAUAAUGGCCCAGCCUUCUUCACACAUGAGCGACAUUUAAAGAAAAAAAAGUUUGGUUUUGUUAUUUCUUGUCCAUCUCAUUGACAUUUUGUCUUGCUGGUGCUGUUAGCAGGAAGGCAACAGAAUUGACAACGGCAUUGAUUGUCUCCUCUUUGAUAUUACAAAAAUUACAGUAAGAGGUAGGGAUUCCCAUAUUUCUACUGACUUGCAUUUCAAGUUCAGCUUGAUGUAGAGAGCUACAUAGGUGCCCCAAUGGUUCUCCAUUACUUUCCCCUGACAGAUACAAUACAUGAACAGAGGAAAAACACAGGGAGGAGUGUUUCUUAUUAUCUUCUGUCAGUAGUCAGCAGUAUGAUGAUGACACCCUUGAAAUUGUAUAUUAAUUCUGAACACUUUCAUACCAAAAGUACUGCUUUCCAAAAAAAUAUCCUUUACAUUCCACAUAAUUAAGAUCUAUAUAAAUCAGAUCUAUAGAACACCUAAACAAUUUCUGCCUUCACUUCCUUCAAAUAACAGACCUAUUUAAAAUGUGUGCAACCUGAUAUUACUGUACAUUUUACUGGGCAGUAUUGUUAUAAAUUUUACAGAAGGUUGUGCUUAAAUUUCCAAUGUCUACAGUAAUGACAAGUAACAAUGGAAAUGCUGCAUAAUGUUAAUUUAAAUAAUUCAAAAUGAAAACAAAGGGAAAAUUGUGAAAAAUCUUCAGUUAAUAAUGAAAUAAAAUGGUCUGUGUAAACACACCAAGCUUUUUAUACAUUUUAUUUUAAAGCCUCAAUCUGUUUAAAAUAUCUAUGCUUAUGCAACAUAUCUUAAUAAGUACUCAUUACAAUGGGUGUUCAAUACAGCUGUUUUACAACAGUCUAGAGAUGGCUUUUCCAUAUAUCUUUUGAAAUUCCUGCAGUACACUUUAUUUUUUGGUGGAAACAAAAAAAAAGGGAACAACCACUGAAAAUGUUAUGGACUGUUACUUGAAAUAGUUGGCAGUUUAAUCUCUCAAGCGAAAAAAUCAAAAUAUUAGUUUAGGAUCUCCUUCAGACAUUUUUUUGUCUCUAGAGCAGAAUCCCUUCAUGUUAAAUGGCCAUUGGCUCGUGAUUGACUGGAAAUUAUUUGCACAAUGAGAAACGCACACCCGCAUUCCUGUUCAUUACCAAGGAAAGGUCCUCCGUAGACCCCUUUUUUUUGUCUCCAAUGCACAGGCUUUAAUAAGAUGUGAUUUGUGCUGUCUUCAAGCACCCAAAAACAUACCCCAAAUGAAAAAUAAAAUGAAAUUAGAUACUGUGUUGGCUAGUGCAGUGCAGACCUCCUUUAAGAUACAUCAAAUAAACAAGGAUUCAUUGCCUAAUGAUGGAAUUGUAGGUGAUGUCUAAAUAAAUAAUGUGAUUAACUGAAAGAAACUGCAAGCACUGGAGUACUUAUUGCACUAACUCAACACAGAGUCCAUUUGGCACAAUGUACAGUAAUGUUAGUACCUAGAGUCUGAAAAGGAGAAAUAUUUUUCAGAAUAAGGUUUCUUAGUGGCUCCUUGUUGGGUCUACAUGAUAGCCUUAUUCUCUGUUCACAAUAAGAAGUCCUGUCACCUUCUGGACUGAAACGCUAAACAAGGUCUAUACUUCCAAUGGUUUUGAGUUCACAGCCUUCCCCUGUGUUUUCCACAUGGCUUUAAAAACACAAAUACAGUGAAGCAGCAUAGAAACCUCUUUCCUGAAAAUGUCAAAUCCUUCAAGCAUUCUUUCUGUUGCUUUCAGUGUUAGUUCACGGUUUUUAAGAAAUACGUUAUUUUUAAAACACUUUUGGUUUGGUGUAGUAGGAAACAUUGGACUAUUCAUUUAAUAAACAGCUAUAUUUUUGCAGAAUGAAGUUUGUGGAAGAUAUUCCCGUGUGAAAUAAAAAGUGAAAUCUG